UUUUUAUUUAUUGAAAUAUGUUACUAAUUUUAAGAUAUGUUCUAAGAUAAUACGCGUUCAACUGUGACAGCAGACCAAUAAACAAAACGGAGAAUACCCCAUUUAAUGCUGCACUAAGCAGUUUCAUCCUUAUGCCAAGUCUCCAAUUAACUCAAAAUAUACUUACCAUCCACGAAACUUCUUUCUUCCCCCCCUCUCAAUCUACUAUAAAUCAAACAAUUUAGGACCAUUUUCUUUACUACACACAAAAAGCAAACCCACAACACAAAGGAAAAAAAUGGCAGUUGAAAGGAGAAAGGGAUUCACGGUGCUCAAACAGUUAAUCAAGAAACUGCAAAAUCACCUUCAUCUCUCGAGAAAGCUAGAUAUACUGCUUAGAGGGUUCGAAUGCGAAGAACAAGAAGAAGAAGCGGUGCCGUUUGAUGUUAAGGAAGGGCAUUUUGCUAUAGUGACAAAGAACGAUGAAGACAAGCCGAUUAGGUUUGUGCUGGAGCUUUGCGUAUUGAAACAUCCCGGGUUUUUGAGGUUGUUGAAAAUGGCUGAAGAGGAAUACGGGUUUCAACAGAGGGGUGCUCUUGCCGUGCCAUGUCAGCCUGAGGAGUUGGAAAUGAUUUUGCAGGCCAAGAUCUUGGCUUGCUGAAAUAACAAAAAUCGUCGAUUCUUUUUUUUUUUUUUUUUUUUUUUGAGAUAAUUCAUAUGUAUAGAGGAUAGAUUCAAGAAACUGUGGCCUGAAAAUAGACAGAUAUUGACAUGUGUACACCUACUCUUGCUUCUUGCGAUUUUAUCUUCGUUUCUGGAA